UGAAAUUCCCAUCAUGCCUCUGGUGUCGUUCGCCCCUCCCCCUCUGUGCCUGUCCUUCCUGUCCCACCUCCUGCCAUCCCUCCCGCCACCGGUCCGAGACGUGGACGUCCCCCCUCUGCUCCGGCGGCGCUUCAUCCUGUCAGGUUACCGUCCUCCAGGUCUGCCGCUGCGCUGCUACAUCCUCAGCCUCCUCCAGAUCCACAACCAGACGCUGAACGUCUGGAGCCACCUGCUGGCCGCCGUCUGCAUCACGCUGAGGUUCACCAUGUUUGCCGUCCUGAGGGGAGGGGGGAUUCUGGGCUUUCGGCUGCAGGGUCCUGAAGGUCAGGGCUUCUCCCUGGAUGCUGCCUCGCUGCCGUUGGUCCUCUACGUGUUCUCUGCUGUCAUGUACCUGAGCUUCAGCGCUGCAGCUCACCUGUUCCAGUCCCACUCAGAGCAGCUUCAUGAUUGGUUCAUCUUCCUGGACAGCGUUGGCGUUGCCGUCUUCCAGUACGGCUGUGCUUUGGCUCUGAGCGUUUACAGCGCCGAUGCUGCAUGGACGCAAAGCAUGCUGGGAAAGGUGUUCCUUCCAGGCUCCGCCCUCCUGGCCUGGCUCUCCUUUGCUGCCUGUUGCUACGCUAAGCUACACUUCCACCGGUUGGACCCUCUGAACAGGAAGUUCGUCCAGCUGGUUCCGACCAGCGCCGGCCUUCUGCUGGUGAUUGGUCCAUUGACCCAACGACUCACUGCCCAGCAAUGGAGCCCUGCAGUGAUGCUGCACCUCCUGCAGGUGGCGCUGUUCCUGCUGUCCUUCUUCUUCUUCUCUUGCCCCGUACCGGAGUGCUUCGCUCCAGGACGCUAUGACAUCAUCGGCCACGCCCACCAGCUGUCCCACAUCCUAUCAGCACUUGGCACGCUGGUCCAGCAGGAGGCGCUGUUCCACGAUUUCCUGUGGCGACGGCCGACGCUGAUCAGACGCUUCGGAGAACAGCGCCUCCUGCUGGUUUGUUCUCGCACUGUUUGGUCUCGUAGAGUUUAA